AUGAAAUUAUAUGCUCUUAGCGUUGUACGGAAAGAUUUAAAGUCAACGACACUAGUUUCGGCCUACGAUCUUCAAGCAUUUGGCUACUUCCAACGAUCAAGGUAGGUUUUGACAUGGUUGCCAUACAUCAGAAAAACACAUUCAAUUGAAUAUUCUAAGCUUAUAUUUUUCCGGUUGCCUGCGACUAUUUGAUCAUAUGAAUUAUAGUUUAUUUGUUUACUUUGUAAUUUCUAUGUGUAUUGGAUCGAAUGGUUUGAUUUAAUAUUGAAAUCAACAGAAAGUCAAUUAAUCGAAAUUUAUAAGGGUAUUAUAAAAUACGCUUGGGUCAAUGUUGUAUCAAACAUGAUACAACAUUUGAAAUACAUACAUGUGAAAAUUACAAAUCUUUUGCGGGUAGUAGCAUAAACAAAUAAUAACACGAUUUGUUCGUGAUAUUUGGCAUAAAUACCACUCGUGAUAUUUCAAAAUUGUCUCAAAUUUCACUCGCCUAUUACAUGUACGUAUAUUAGACCAUUUUACAGUUGUGGACUUGGUGUCCUAGCCUUUGAGUGAACGUGAGCCUGAGGUUGACCUUGUUUUGAUACAAACCUCCCUAGUCAGUAGUGGCCCUGUUAAAACAAAAUUGAUAAUAAUAAAAUUACAAUAAUCAUUAUAAAAGCCUAUUUACAAAUUGUGAUUAUAAUAUAAGAUCUCAAAAAUUAUAGAGAUUUAAAAAAUUGAGAGAUGUCAAAAACGGAAGGGAAUACAUUGGUAAAAAAGGGAAUCCAAUCUGCAAUGAUUUUAAAAAAGCACGGAUUUUUUAAAAAUCAGAAAAACUUUUUAUAUAAUUUGAGGCGGCAUUAUUAGUCAGUGUAGUCUUCAUCAAGUUAAAGGAGGUGGUUGCAUUGGUUCUAAGUUAAGAGUAUUUAGUUCUUUUAUGGAGGAAUAGAAGAAUGUUCUCCUCAUUGCUUCGGUUCUUGGCUUCAGUAAGCAGUAAAAUGUUUUUGUUCUUGUAGAAUACUUGUGUUUAAACCGAAGUGAGUCUAAGAUUGUAGUUAAGUUCUCUGGUGCUCUUCCAUCAAUAACUUUCUUUAAAAGACCGAUUUUAUUGAGCUUGAAUAUUUGAUCAAUUGGCAGCCACUUAAGCUUUUGAAAAUUAUCAAAAGAUCAUGCAUCCCGAGGACUAUCCAAAAUUAAUUGAGCGCAGCAUUUUUGAAGUUUAAACUGUUCAUUUAGGUUGGUUUGGCUACAGUUGCUCCAAAUAGUACAGCAAUAAGUAAAUAGCGGUUUGAUACUUGCAUCGUAGAGAAGUAAUCGAUAUUUGGUUGGUACAUAUUUCCAAGGUCUUGCUAAAAUUGCAUUUCUACACAAUGAAGUAUCAAAAUACAAGGACAACUUUGGAAUAUCUACUGAAGUUACUUGUUCUUUCAACAUUACAAUGAUCCUAUUAUUACAGACUGCUGAGGUUGUCUGUAUGUGGCUUGGAGUUGGUUUUCGUACUUGCUUAGAUCAUUAUUUGUCCAAUGGGAAUGUGGAUUUGUAGGACUUCUUUUAAUUUCAUGCACAACAUGUUAUUUGGGUCAAAACAGAAAUGAAGUGCAUGUAAACCAAUAAAAACCAUCCAUGUUUAGUAGCUGAAUUUCAUUGAUAAGACUAGUUAAAAUAUUAUUUGAACAUCUCAAUAUUAUUUAUGUGUUUACUGUCUACUACUGUACUGUCAACAGUAUAAAGGAAUUUAUGCAAUUCACAAGUCAAAUCCUUGUUGAGAGGACAAGAGCAAAUGAAAGGGCUUCUGUAAAAGAGCAAGGUAAUAAUCAAAUUAUUGACCCUAAACUGCCAUAUGGCCCUGGUAUGCAAUUUACCAGCGAGCCACAGCUGACAUAAAUCUCUAAACACUUCAUUAAUUUACACUUUACACCAGAAAUACUAACAUCUGUGACCCUUUUGUUGGUUACAUUUGUGUUUAGUUCUCUAUUCUUAACUGUAAUCUCUACACUAUUUUACCAUAUUGACCAUUUUUUACUUUCGCUAUCAAGACCAGGGGGUUGUCAUUUUUUUCUCUUGGUCAAGAGGAGAGAUGUCAAAAAAUACUGCAUCAUGUGAGAAGAAAUGAAAAAAUUUUGUCCCCUCUGCCCCCCCCCCCCCACUGCAGUGAACAUAAUGAAUGCAACCAUUAUUCAUUAAAAACAAAAUACCGGUAUUCAAAAAUGUUUGAAAACACCAUCUCUCUUAUUUGUUUACUUUGCAGAAUAUGUUUGUCAUGUGUUUGUGAGGUCAGAUUCAUUAGGAGGUGUUGUUAUAUCGGACCUUGAAUAUCCUCAAAGAGUUGUCUUCACUCUUUUAAAUAAAGUAAGUGCCAAUAAUAUUAUUUUAAGUUAAUGUUCCAAACUGUAAGAAUCUGCUUAAACUGACUGACCCAACAGGAUAACUAAUACAUGUUUUCAUGAUUUUCUGAGUUUGACGGUAAACUGAAGUGACAUUUUCUAAUAGGUUCUAGAGGAUUUUUCAAAGUCUUUUUCACCAAACGUCUGGAAAACAGCACAGCCUGAGUAAGUACACAAAACUCCAUAAUGUUUUAGAAAGUACCCAAUCACAUACAACAGGUCCCCCUGGCCUGAUGAUUGAAAGAACUGACAUUACAAAUUUGUGUGCACAUGUAUGUGGAUUCCAGGUAAUGCAGAAGCCAAGAUAAUUGCCAGCCAUUCCUAAAAUGCCUGCUGCGUAGAAAUAUCAACAAGAAGGCUGUGCAUGCAAGGAAAAUCUGUGAAUGACCCAAAAGAUGCCCCAGUUCAUAGGCAAUUUGUUAAGUAGCUGUCAAAAUCCCUUCAUCUUGCCGGAAGAAAAAUGCAUUUUUUUCCUUGUUUCAUAGGACUUUAUCCUGGCCAGCAUGUGAUAAAUAUCUGGAAGAUUAUCAGGUGCUUAUCGUCCUUCUGUCAGUUGUUUUCUUUGAGUAAAUUGCAGCCUGUAAGUAAUGGUUUGGAUUGUUUUAACAAGUUUGCAUCAUCUGUUACUUAGAAUCCAAGAAAUGCUGAUGCUAUGACAAAAGUACAAGCAGAACUGGAUGAAACUAAAAUUAUUUUGGUAAGGUCUAUUUUAAACUAAUUCAUUAAGUACAUUGCAAAGUACAUGUACGGACAGUAAUAAUAUUAAUACAGGGCAUACAUAUUUAAUUUUUAUCAAAUGGUCAUUAGCUUCUUUUUACAGUGUGCAGUUAUUGUCAAUCUAUAUCCCUGAUGGUAUAACUUGGUUAUGACAGCAGCAAGCAAAAGAGCAGAAUGAUUAAUACCAAUAUGUGUGCUGCACCAGAACGUUCUUCACAACAGUCUUCCCUGCCAUGUGGUCCUGCAUGGUGGAUUCCAAAUCAUUCCAACUAAUGCUCCAAUUCCUGUUUCUACACGUAGAGCUAAGAGAGUCUGUAAGUUCCCAUGAGGAGCCUACUAGGAGGUUGUGGUUCUACCAAACAAGUGAUGAUAUAUGCAAUUUUCAUUUUUUUUUUCUGUCCUUCCUUUAUGCAGCAUAACACAAUUGAAGAUAUACUAGGAAGAGGAGAAAAACUUGAUGACCUUGUAGACAAAUCUGAAGGUCUAACUCUACAAUCUAAAGCUUUCUACAAAACAGUAAGUGAGAUUAAGGAGGGUGGAAGGGGUCUGAAGGAAAACUGUUUGGCUCAACUCUGUGGUUGUGAAAUACACAUACACAUUGUAUGAUGCAUUUUUUUUAUAAUAGGGAAUGGGGUUUUGAAAUCUUUAGAUUGGCUUCAGGGAGGUUUUUUGGGCUUUUGAUGUGAUCAUUCGCAUCUUUUCAGUGAUACAAAGUUUCUCCCAACAGGAUCCGUGUUUGUAAAAUAAUAGCUAUUAACUGGUUUGCUUCUUUCAAUUUUUAGAGUUUUGGUGGUGUACCUGGAAUCUUAAUUAAUGGAACUUACUACUUGUCUGCUAUAACCCAAAUUAAUUUAAUUUUUCUUGCAACUUUCAAGAUAGCCAAAAGUAAUAAAUCUCAACCAAAUUUCCAAAUUUUAUUCUUUAAGUGCUGAAAAACAAAUUGUACCAUGUGAAUCAAGAGUUAGAUGCCAUCAUUCAGGAGCAGCAAAGCUAGGGGGGCUUGGGAUGUGUCAUUGCCCCCCAUCCCCCACAUGUGGCCCACAGUUUGUUCUUGCAGCUUACUGGUUAAUUAAGCAUUUAAAAGUUGUAAAAUGGCCAAUUAAUUUUGAAUUCAUACAAUUUUCAUACCAUUAUUAUAUUAUGGUUUGGCUCAUAUGGCAUAGCUCAACUGAGUCUGCAUGAAUAAAUGAAUGAAUAUUAUGACUCUGUAUUGUUUUGUUGCCACCGUAAUUAUUAAAUGUUUGUUUGUUUGUUUUGUUUUUGCUUUAUUAGGCGAGGAAAACAAAUUCAUGCUGCUGUAUACAAUGAGUCAUGGACAAUCCAACACAGGGCUUAAUGUUAUUUUUGUAUAUUUAAAGAAAAAUUACUUAACAGCUACCCAAUAAAGCUACGUAUAUAUAGAUCCCACAAAUAAUGACAGGCAUUGGAAAUUUUUUUUCUGAGAUGAAACAGGGCCUAAACAAAAGCCUUCCCUGGGCAAAGUAUGAUAAUGUUGAGUUUCAAUUUUUUCCUUGGUUCAAAUUUGAUUUCCUGAACAAACUAUCAUACAUUACCACACUCCCACACAAAGGAAAUUAAAAUUUGAGCAAAGGAUAAUUGAAUCACAAUUACAGUAGUUAUAGGUCUACAAAGCUUACCAACAUAACUAUUUUACUGUGGAGAAAGAGUUAGAUAUAGAAUAGUUUUUGUUUUGUACAUGUAAAUUGUUCUAAGCAACUACCAGAUACUUUUCCAUGUGAACAUUUAUUAGUCUAGCCUCUGUACAGACGCCCCCCUUCCCUCAGGAAAAAAUCGAGGAGACGUUUAUGAAUCGCUGUCAUUAAACAUGUUCCUGUUUCCCUGGAAUGUCGGGGAAAACCUCUUAUUGGUUGUAAUGUUAAUGCCAUGACGCAAGUAAUUUCCGGUGUUGUGAUUGGUGAAUGAACCUCAGAAAAGAUUCCCUGGGGAAAACCUCAGCCUUUGUGGACAGCUUACCACAUUUUAACAUACAUGGACGUUUACUUGUAUUUUGAGCUCUCUCGAAAUUAGACCUCCAAUGUUUGCUGCACUGGUUGCGGGUGCAUCUGUUCAGUGCCCAUGGCUGUCAUAAAUAAAAGAGAAGGACGUACAGAACUCAGCACUUAAUCAGAGAUCAAAUAUCUGAAUUUCAGCGUUAACAUUGCAUGGAAGUUAGUUUUUCAACCUACAUGUGCUGGUCAUGACUCAUAGAAUUAGACAAAAGUAGAACGAUUCUUUACAUGAAACCUACAUGUACUCGAAAUCAUCGAAUAGAUCAACUCCUGCAUAAAAGGCUUGAUUGGAAAUGUAAACAGUGCUUCCGAGAUAAAAAUUCUGUCAAACAAAAAACCACAGGAAAUCGAUGCACAGGAAACAGACCGACUUUAAGCGCUAAAAAAUACAGAAGAACAUGUACGUGUUGGAAUCC